AUGGCCACAUUCAAGGAGCUCCCCAGCGAGUUGCGCAUCAUCAUCUGGAAUUUGGCUCUGCACAACGAAGCCAUCGGUCACAUCGUCAUGAUUUACGCGCGACGCGUCAUUUCUUCCAAGCACCUGAUCAGCCCCUACCUCUCGGUGAACCAGGAGAGUCGCCAUUACGCUCGCGCCUUCUACACAGUCGAAGUGGACGUCUUUGGUAUCCCGUCACCUACGGAAGCCUUCAGACAGACCAACGAGCGUUACGAGCAUGAGAUGGAUCCCAAGACUCAGGAGCGUCGACUCAGUGAAUUCACCCGCAUGGCUAUGGACAACUUCGAGAGCUUUGGGUUGCCAACUGGGUCGAUUUCCUUGAACGUGCGUCUCGACAUUUUCAUGUCUAUUGAGGAGCCCUUCGAAUGUCUCUAUACUGAUUACCUCACGUUCCUUCGAGGUGGCGGUGACAUUGAAUCCGCUGAAAAAUUCAUCUGCGAAAGGCUCCCAUCCGACACCAACGAAGUGCUGAGUGUCGAGAGCAACCACAUCCCUCGUUUUUUCACCGAUAGUUUUUUUACCGAUGGGGAUGGCAUAGAAGUACGCGAAUACCAGUACCUGCCCCUGACUCGAAGCUACCCCGACAAAUUCCUGUCCGAAUACAUGGCUUUGGAAACGGCUGAUAAGGUCCCCACAUUCUACGAGCCGCGAAAACUGAUUUGGGCUUGGCGAUCGCAGGCGCCUUACGAACACAGAGAUAAGGUUAUAAUCGACCUGGGCAUGUAUCGGGACUGGGAGCGCAGCUACGUCGAUGAGCUUGCGGCUAUUCAGGAACAAAUUUACGAAGCCGAAACCGUGGAGAAUAUUUGGCUCCACGUGCACAGAGAUCUCGAGGUGCAGCCGUGGCGCUAUGCGCUGAUCCCGGAGGAGGAUAACGCCCUUGACUUUGUGCAGUGGUGA